AUGCUACGGCGAGUUCAUUUUUUGGAAAUUGCAAAGCCUAUGUCUGCAGUUUUUAGGGAAAGGAAAACAUUGUCUCUUCGUACUAUGUUGAGAAUUGCUGAAGCGCCAACCUUGAUCGAAGAAAAAUACCGAGUUCAACAGGAAGUAGAGCGGCUUAGACAUGCCACACUCCUCCGACGGCCUAAGCGUCCAUACACCUUUACACAGCUAAUAACCCUCUCGGACGGCAGCACUUUCACCCACCGCACCACCUCCCCCCUAGCGGUGUACCGCUCAACACGCGACACGCGCAAUGCGCCAUUAUGGAAUCCGUCCAGCGAAAAGCUGCGAAACGUUGAGGAGGAUGAGGCAGGGCGACUGGCGGCGUUUAGAAGCAAGUUUGGCCGGAGUUGGGAUGCGACGAGCACUGCCGGACCGGUUGCGGCGACGGCGGAUAUAUCUGCAACUGCUGCUGGGAACGCUGAGGUUAAUGCGACACAGGCCAAAGACACGACUGCGGAGGAGGCGGCGGAGUUUGAGUUUGAGGAAGAUGAAGAGGAGGAUAAUUUAUUGGAUUUGAUUAGCUCGUUUGGCCAGGCUGAGGGGUUUCAGGGGCCUCAGCGGGAGAAACAGAAGGGGAAGAAGAAAUAA